AUGAAUCAACCAAACCCGAACAAACAACCAAUUGUCCAAUCAACACUGGAACAGACAUCCAAUGAAGAGGUUGAUACUGUUUUAGGUCGAUUCACUCUAUUUGUUAAAGACUUAUCUAAUGGAUUAAACGGUAGUCAAGAAGUCCCGCCAUCACAAGAAAGUGUUAGCGAAGAAGCAGAAGUUAUCAGUAGAAAGAUUAUUGUAUUGGGUCAAACAUUUGAUAAUUUUGAUAAUGCCAAUGAUUAUAUUGAAUCAAAACUUUGGCUAUCAUAUCGUUGUGGAUUUGAACCAAUACCUAAAUCAAUAGACGGUCCUCAACCAAUUCAAUUUUUCCCAUCAAUUAUUUUCAAUAGAAGUACUAUUUAUUCCAAUUUUGCUAAUUUGAAGAGUUUAUUCGAUAAAGAAAAUUUCACCUCUGAUGCCGGUUGGGGUUGUAUGAUCAGAACCUCACAGAAUUUGUUGGCAAACACUCUAUUGAAAUUGUAUCCUAAGAAUGAACCAGAAAUUGUUAAAUUAUUUCAAGAUGACACUAGUUCUCCAUUUUCAAUCCAUAAUUUUAUUCGAGUUGCCAGUUUACUGCCAUUGCAUGUUAAACCUGGGGAAUGGUUUGGUCCCAACGCAGCAUCAUUAUCGAUAAAACGUCUAGCUAGUGAACUACUACAAGAUCAAGAAAUCGAUGGUAUCAAAAUCCCCCGAGUGUUUAUUAGCGAAAAUUCUGAUUUAUUUGAUGAUGAAAUAAGAGAUGUGUUUGCCAAAGAGAAAAAUGCUAGUGUUUUGAUUUUGUUUCCAAUAAGAUUAGGUAUUGAUAAAGUAAAUUCUUACUAUUACAAUAGUAUUUUCCAUUUAUUAGCUUCAAAAUAUAGUUGUGGAAUCGCUGGAGGCAAACCAUCUUCAAGUUUUUACUUUUUAGGUUAUGAAGAUACUGAUUUGAUCUAUUUUGAUCCUCAUUUACCCCAAGUGGUAGAGACGCCAAUCAAUAUGGAUUCAUAUCAUACAACUAAUUAUAACAGACUAAAUAUUAGCUUAUUAGAUCCUUCUAUGAUGAUCGGUAUAUUAGUGACAAAUAUUGACGAAUACAUUGAUUUUAAAACUAGUUGUCUUGAUAUUAACAAUAAAAUUGUCCAUUUCCACCCACAUACAUUACCGGUGCAACAAGAUUCAAUAAUCAAUCAGUCAUGGGAAGAAGUUCAGGAUGAGGAAGAAGAGUUUAUUAAUUUAAAUGUAAGUAAGAUUGAAAAUGAACAGCAACAGGAACAAGGACAACUGACGGAUGCUCCAGAUGAGUUUAUUGAUAUCGGAAAUCAACUGCUGCUGGUGGUACUGGUGCCUUCCAAUGUGUGA